AUGCCUGCGGUGGACACCGAGAGUCCACUUGACCUGAAGAUUGAACCAAGCUACACACCGACAGACGACAUUAGUGUUGCUUCUCCAUCGCUGAACCCGGACGAUGACAAGUCACAGAGUCAGUCGGGCGAGCCAUUCAUGUUCUGUACGUAUUGUGCCGAACAGAAGAGCCAGAAGACGUUCAAAGCAAAGUCUGACUGGAAGAAACAUGAGAUGAGGAUGCACGAGACUGGAGAAGACUGGCCAUGUGUCGUCAACGGUUGCAACCGCAUUUUCGACCGACAGAAAGACUUCAUCAAGCAUCAUCAACGCUACCAUGCCGGUCGACCCCUGCCGUCGCUCACAGACAUUGGCAUCACAUUAUUGCCGCGAAGAGUGUUUGGUUGCGGGUUCGACAAGUGUAAAGAAGUCAGCAUCGGUUGGGAUGAGCGAUGCGACCACGUCGCGAAGCACAUGAAGAAUGGCGCGACGAUGGACCAAUGGAAAUACUCUAAUGUGAUCAGGAACCUGAUACGACAGGAAGCUCUCCACGACACAUGGAAAGAGCUUAUCGGUUGCUUGGACGAGAGAUUGCGAGAGAGUCGGUCGCAGAUUAGUUGGUGCCCCGACAACUCGCGAAUCCUCCGACAGAAGCUCCAGUGCUGUGACCUUCGACCGAGUCGGGAAGAGGUUUUGAUUACCGCCUUGAGUCUACGCGCUGAUAUACCCCUGGACCCUGUGCAUCAACAGCUACCCACCGGCUUCGUAACUCCCUCGAGAGAUUCCGUGCCUCAUGUUGAGAAGCUGUCGCGCGAGCAGCGGAUGCACAUACUCAUCGGAAACUCAAAUCCGCAUCACUCACGAGCGCGUCUCGCAAGUAUCAACGCAGCUUUGCUACGCAUCAGUAGUUCGUUGGCGCACGUACCUGACUACGAUUGCGGCUCGUCUCCAUUUGUGGAGCCGCAGACGCCUGGUGCGCCCGCAGUGGAUACGGCCAGCCGCCGUAUCAGUUAUAUGGACGUGGACCCUGGAGAUUACCUGGACGUAGCGCAACCGGCUAUUCCUGAUCUCCCACCGGCUAUGACGACAUCCACAAUGCAUACACCCCAUGCACACCCCACGCCAGUCAUGGAUCACGAGCAGCACACACAGUUGUACCAACAGGAGUACAUGGACCAAGUCAAGGUUACACCCAACCCACUGGAAUCACUGUAUCCCAACUACUUCGGUGCUGCUCCCCAAUUCGAAGAGUCGCAAUACUACGACCGCCCCUCGUUCGGUCAAAUGAUAUCGAAGCCGCUCCACAAGAUAGGCAGUCGGAUAAGCAGCUCAAGAGGCAGCUCUUCGAAUCAGAGACCAUCAUCGCAGAUGAGUCAAGCUUCGUCAGAGAUGCUUCCUGACUACAGUCUAUACGUUAUAUCGCGUUAUAACAAGGAUGAUGAUACCGACUCGAUGGGUACGCUCCCAUCUGACAUUAAGGGCUACCUUUUGAGCAACAUCGAAACCUAUCUGCUCAAUCACAUCGAAGAUACAGAUAUCAUAGCCUCUGGACUGCCGAGUUUCAUACACAAGGUCACGAAUAAGCUCAUGGAGUUCGCUACAGCAGGCACUGAUCGUUCUGUUCUACGACAGGACUAUUCGAAGGCACUUAUCCAUGGUUUAGUCCUUACGAACGAAGUUGCCCCACGGACUAUGUUCGAAAUAAAACCAUUGCCGUUGGACUCCGUCUUUACAUCAAUCUUCAGACCCGGUUCGCGCAGCAUAGCGGAAAGGGAACGGGACCAUCUCAACUCCUCACAAGAGAACGUCAAUGACAUGCUGGCAGCAGCAGCUACAGUAGGGAGUCUCGCAGCUGUUCGUCACUACAUUUCGCAAUCUGCUGAGGUUAUUGAUUGGUUCCCCAAAUACUUUGCUGGCUUUGGUAACCCUUUAACCGCAGCAGCCUGCAGUGGAAAUGUCGAAGUUCUUGAGUGUCUGCUCAUAGUAGUCAACAAUGAGCUCACGAAGCGGCGUUUCGCUCGGAUACAGCACGGUCGUACCACCCGUUGCGGUCCACUCACAGAGACUAUCACUUCCGCAAUAAGAUUCGCAGUUCGGACCGGAACACUGAGGGCCGUUGUCACACUGUUUAAUUUCUUGCCAAGAUGCCGCGUUGAGAUACCAGCGCAUAUGAAGUCCCGGUCACACUACCUUGCCGAUGCCAUGAGGUGGGGACAUAUGGACUUGUUCAUAUGGCUCAUGGACCGAUGGAAUCCUCUAAUCGCCGACCUGCCCUAUUGGAAUGCCCUGACUGCAGGCUUACGCCUUGCGAUCAAAUAUGGUCAUACCAACAUUGUGCGAUACGUCUUCGACAAAGGUUUGGUAAAUCCAGAUGACGCGGACGUCAACACUGUGCUCAUCGCUGCCACACACGGUCAUCGCGCUAUCAUACAACUGGCGCUCGACCGAGGCGUUCAGCUUACGAUGCAGGACCUCAUCGCGGCGCUGAAUGGAUCACUUCCCUUGCUCAUCACCCAAUAUCUUUUGCUUCACAACGUUCCACUCACGUCUGUGACCAACGAGGAAGACGGAAGGUCCAUCACUACUUCCAUCGUUCCUGCAGUCGAAGCGCUCUGUCGAGAAUCUAUCCACAUUCCUUUCGGCGAUUACAACGAGGUUCGGGGCAAGGAAAAGGUGCUGGCGCUCAUACUCUUGGCGAGCGAGAUGAGACGACAAAUUCCAGAGCUUACGUUGGACAACUGUGUUGAGCUCAAGAAGGUGUUCGAUAGGCUGGUCAGAGAGUGUCUGGGCUUGCCAAGGGGGUCAGUUUCGUAUCUUGAGAUGGCUGAAGAGCUGCACAGCUGGAUGGAGUGGGGAGACGGACGAGAGUGGGCAGAUUGUGAAGUCUAG